AAACCCAUAUUUUAACUUGAUCCGCAACCUUCGGUGCUCUCUCACUCGCAGAGAUUCAGAAUCCCUCUUCUCCGCCACCACCACCACAUUUUCGCUCCGCCGUCUCAGUUUCCCGCGAAGCCACCCGCCAAGGAGCAGCCCCAAGUUUACCACUUCACCGUCCGAACUUCUCUUAGGUUUUGCAAGAAGCAGAAGAAGUAUGGCUUUGACAAACUUCAUACUGACAGUUGCUGGUGUAGGCGCGGUGGUUCUUAUGCUGAGGAGUGAUGUCAGGCAAUCAGCUUCCAUCUUCAAGCGCAAUGUCAAACACAUCCGCACCUGGCUUGAGGAAGAAUCGCCCAAAAUCACCAAGGAACUGGAAUCAAAGGUUCCACCAAAGGAUAUUCCCAAGGACAAGCACUAGUUGAUACCGGCUUCUUGUGUUGUUCGCAACAAUUGAUUGCUCUGUUCUCUCUCUCUUCUAAGGAAAAGUUUAUUAUGUGAUGGCGUUUCCUUAGGAAUAAAUCUUGACCUCGAUUUUCUGUUCAUAUCUUAUCUUGUUUAUCGUAAUUGAUUUUUUUGUCUUUAGAUAUACAUAAGUAACUAUUAACUGCGGAGAAAGCUAUAGUUUGUUAAUCGGAGGUUUCAUAUUCGUAUC